AUGGCGUCCGUCCAGGAGCUGCCGCUGCCGCCGGAGCUCCGGACACAGCUGCUCGCCCGCGGCCUCCGCACCGCGCGCGACUGCCUGCACCACACCGCGACAGACCUGUGCGAAAUCCUCGACAUCUCAUACGGCGCCGCGCAGCAGCUGCUCCUGGACGUGGCGGCGCAGGCGGCACCUGGUUACAUCACGGCGUCCCAGCUGUAUGGCCUGUCACUGGCGGACAGCGCCACCCAGCUGCGCACCUUCCUGCCGGGCCUGGACGCGGCGCUGCGCGUGGGCGUGCCCGCUGGCGCCAUCACAGAGCUCGUCGGCCCCGCGGGCGUGGGCAAGAGCCAGAUGGCGAUGGGCCUGGCGCUCAGCGCCGCGCUGCCGCGGGAGUUGGGGGGGCUGGCCGCCACGGUCAUGUACAUAGCCCUGCAAGUUUGA